AUGGCGUCGUUGCACCCGCACGUGCAUGCGAUGCUAUUUCUCGUUCAAACGACGACGGUGAUGGCACGACACCAACCACUCGUUGUAAAAUGGGUCUCGGUCGACGGCGGCCACGGCCCUUCCAGCAACGUCUGUGCGCACUUUUGCGUUACCGUGCCGCAUAUCGCCAGCACGGUGGCGCUUUGCGCAUUACGUCGGUGCAAAUCAACGUUCGAGUGGCAGCUUGUGGCGCUCGGUGACGCGUUCUCGCCAUCGUUGACGCUGCUCCAGUCGCUGCGGGCGCUCAUCCAGGCAAAGUUGGCACUGACGUACACGCUACGCAUCCAAUACGCGACAGCCGAGCACAAAUACGUCGAGUACGCAAGGCGACUGGAAAAACAUCUCCAAGCACAAUACGAGACGCUCGCGAUCGAGCGGAUACCGACAUUGCCGGCCUCGGCGACGCAACCCGGCGUGCGCAUUUUUCUCGAGAGCUCGAGCGACCCUGCGAUUCUGCUCUUUCAGCAGUCGCUGCAAGACCCGGUGCCACUGCCGGCGCUGCGCCAGAUCCAAGAAAAGCUCCGAGAUGCUAUCGAAACGCAAGCGCUCAUUGUGACGAUGUAG